UACAACUAGGAUACACAAAAUCAUGAAAAGCCAACUAAUAGGAGUUCUUAUGAACUUUUGGAUUUCUUUCUCACCUGCUUUGUAUUUUCAUAGUGGGGAAAGAGAAGAGAAAUGUUUAAUCGAGGACGUUCCCAGUGACACCUUGGUAAUUGGGAAUUACAAAGUACAACAGUGGGAUAUACGUAAGCAAGACUUUCUUGAGUCUGCUCCUGGUUUGGGAAUGUUUGUGACUGUCACAACUCCUUCCGCUGAGGUACUAUUGAAAAAACUGUAUGGGCCACAAGCAACAUUUUCUUUUACAUCCUAUAUAUCUGGGGAGCAUGUUAUCUGUUUACAGUCUAACUCCACAAGCCUUGUGGCAUUUGCAGGAAGUAAACUGCGUAUCCAUUUGGACAUUAGAGUUGGAGAACAUUUUCUGGAUGAAGCUAUUGCUCAAGCCAAAGACAAAGUGAAUGAAGUGAAUUUCAGAAUGGAGCAUCUAAUUGAGCAAAUUCAACACAUAUCCAAAGAACAAAACUAUGAAAGAGAACGUGAAGAAAACUUUCGAAAGAUAAGUGAACAAACCAACAGCAAUAUUUUGUGGUGGGCUAUUGUACAAACAUUAAUCCUUAUCUCCAUCGGAAUCUGGCAAAUCAAAUCUCUCAAAGAUUUCUUUAUAGCUAAGAAGCUUGUUUAAGUGCUAUAAAG